UCUCAAGCUUUUUCCUGUUUUUUCUUGAUUUUUUUUUUCCAAAUACAAAACGAAAUAUAUCAUCGAAACCACUGUGUAUCAAGCUGCUCAAGUGCUCGUGUGUGCGUGUACGCGUCUUUAUCGUUUUCUAUUCGCUCCUUAAUGUUACAUGAUUUAUAUCGCACUAGCAAUGAUCAUCAAGAUUAGGAGAAGUCUGUAAAUAAAUUACCGUUUUUUCCUAACCGAAUAUUCUCGUUUUGUCUCUUUCCUGUAACGUUGUACGUGACUUGUCAUUUGAAAUCAUGUGCGUGACGGAUAAUUCAGGUUUCAAGCAUUAGGAGAAACUUUCAGAUUACCGUCCACUUGAAAUGCUCGAGGUAGGUUUGAGGGUAGUACGUGGUUAUGACUGGAAAUGGAGCGAUCAAGAUGGUGGAGAAGGCCAUGCUGGCACUGUUGUAGAAAUUGGCAAACCUCCGCCUCCAUUUACCAAUGGAGCUAGCGCUUCCAACCCGACUGACAAAACUCCUGACAAGACUGUUAUAGUACAGUGGGAUCAUGGAUCUCGUAGUAACUACAGAAUAGGCUAUCAGGGUUACUAUGAUCUUUUGGUGUUUGACAACGCCACAGCCGGCGUCCAACACAACAACAUUGUCUGCAAUGGGUGCAAGAAACACGGCAUUGUUGGCAUCAGAUGGAAAUGUGCUCAGUGCUUCGACUAUGAUCUUUGUACUCAGUGUUACAUGAGCGAUGUUCACAAUUUGUCACAUACUUUUCAAAGGUUCCAGACUCCCAACGCUGUCGGUGUGCAAUUAACAGCACGAGAAGGAUGUACGAAAAUCCCUCUUAAGGGAAUAUUUAUUGGAGCUAAAGUCGUGAGAGGCCCUGAUUGGGAAUGGGGCAAUCAAGAUGGAGGACCCGUGAAAACUGGCAGAGUGAUGGAUAUUCGUGGUUGGGACAACGAGAGCAGUCGAUCAGUAGCGACGGUAACAUGGUCGUCGGGAAGUACGAACGUGUAUCGUUUGGGUUACAAAGGUUGCGUGGAUCUUUGUUACAUCGAGGAAGCCACGGCCGGAACAUAUUACAAGGAGCAUUUACCGAUUUUGGGUCAGCCGGUGAUGACAGUAUCGUCGGAGAGUGGUGCAUCCAUUCAGUCUGCAAACGCAACGAGUACAUCAUCGAGUCCUUGUCAUUUGACUUUCAAUGUACGUGACAAGGUCAAAGUGAUGCUCGAUGUGGAAACACUGAAGGAAAUGCAAGCAGGUCACGGUGGCUGGAAUCCACGAAUGGUGGAGUAUAUCGGAAAAGUUGGAACUGUACAUCGCAUCACGGACAAAGGCGACAUAAGAGUACAGUACGAGGGCUGCAACAAUCGCUGGACUUUUCAUCCCCGCGCUUUGACCAAAGUUACGAGCAAAGAAACUUUCGCUCUCGGAGAUCUCGUCAGCGUCAAAACCGAUGCUGUCGCUGUUAAGAAUUAUCAGCAAGGACACGGAGAAUGGACCGAUGUUAUGAAAAGCGCUCUUGGAAAAACGGGUAAAGUAAUCAAGAUUUAUCCUGACGGUGAUUUGCGAGUUACCCUAGACGGUCACACGUGGACAUUUAAUCCAUUGAGCGUUACACGUAUCGCUUCGAGCAGUGAAUCGGGCAAUACAUCCAAUGCAACGAGCGAAGCAGGUCGUGGAAAUCCGUCAGCUGGUUCCUCAUUCCCAUUCGAACGUGCUGCCCGAGAAAUGGAAAAGCUGAUGAGAGAUACGGCGAGAGGGGAAGCCAGAGUCUCAGCACUUCGUGAAUACCUCCGAAAAUAUUCCGGAAACGUAGACGCAAGGCCCAGCGGUCUGUGUGGUGGAAAAAAAACUUGUCUACAAGUUGCAGCCCAUCAAGGGCAUCGUGAACUUUGCGUGAUGUUACUGGAUGGUGGAGCGUCCUUAAGGGCUGUCGAUGAAGACGGCGAUCCUCCGCUUCAUUAUGCAGCGUUCGGAAAUGAACCGGAAGUGAUGGAACUUUUACUGUCUCGUGGUGCACCGAUCGAUGCGGUUAACAACGGUCGUUGCAGCGCACUUCACGUUGCCGUUAAUAAGCAACAUUCCGGUUGCGUUCGUGUUCUAUUGCGUCACGGCUGCGACGUAAAUCUUCAGGAUUCUUAUGGCGAUACGGCUCUUCACGAUGCUAUUGGCAAGGAUGCGCUUGACAUAAUAGACGCUCUAUGCGCUUGUGAGAGAGUCAACUUUACGUUACGCAACAAACGUGGCUUUAAUGUUUUGCAUCACGCCGCUCUUAAAGGAAAUGCUCAUGCAACGGAACGGUUACUAACGCGAUGUCGACAUCUCGUCGACGUUAAAAAGGAAGAUGGCUUCGCGGCAUUGCAUUUAGCCGCUCUGAAUGGACACUGCGAAGUUUCGGCACUUUUGCUUUCGGAAAGUGGUGGCGGAGCUCGUGUUGAUUUGCGAAACAAUCGACGUCAAACCCCUCUUCAUCUUGCCGUUUCCCAGGGUCACUGGAGCCUCGUUGAAUUGUUGCUGAAACACAAAGCCGACAUAUCGAGUACAGAUGAGGAAGGUGAUACGGUUUUACACAUAGCGAUCGGAAAAAGUCGCCAUCAACCUGCAACUGUUCCAAUACCCGAUGGCAACAAGGAAACAACGAUGAUUUACGCUAUUUGGCAAGAAUUGUCAAGACAAAAUGCGCCGACGGAAUUGGCACUUGCGUGUUACCUGGUAAGCAUCGACACGAGCGGUCUUCUCCUCGAACAUGUGAAUUCCAAGGGGAAAACACCGUUGAAUCUCUUGCCACCGGAGCAGCAGACACCCGGAAUUAGUGAGCUUAUACGAUCAUUUCGCAACCGAAGCAGACGAAACAACGCAUUGGGACUUUCAACAGAGCCACCAGUAAACACUACUGAAACGCCAAACAAUCAGAUCGAAGCUGUGACGAUCGAGGAGACGCCGAAUGCUGAAGAUGAUUCGGGGGAGACCCCAAGGAACUCUGCGGAUGAAGAUUCAUGUCGAGUUUGUGAGGGCUCGCUGAUGAGACUGAUCGAUGGAACAAGCGAUGAUCCGAGCGGUAGUCUAGUCCCGAUUCGCAAUAUUUGUCAGUGUUCCGGCAGAACCGAACCUCAACUUUUAACCGGUACCAAUCCGACGGGUGAAGCAACGUGUCUGAGCGGCGUAGAGAGUCCAACGACGGAGGAUGGUUUGGAAGACGGCGAGACGACAAAAAGUAUGGAAAGAAUAGAACGUGAACGUGAGAGAGACAAGGACAAAGACUUGGAGAGAUUGCGGUAUCUCGAGACAAGAAUAGCCGAUUUGGAGGAGGCAAAUAUGUGCAGUAUAUGCAUGGAACGAAGACGUAACGUGGCAUUCCUUUGUGGUCACGGUGCAUGCGAUUAUUGUGCAGCUCCAUUGAAAACGUGUCACAUGUGUCGAAAAACCAUUACCAAAAAAAUCAAUCUUUACUAAAACACAGAGGAAAAAAGAAAAAAAUUGCGUUGGAAAACUGUUGGAGAAGGAAUGGGAACUGAAAACUUUUCUUCGCCAUUCCAUUGCACACGGGAAAUAUUUGAAGUUUACAUUUUUUCGCAGAAUCUACGAAACUAAAUUCAGCGAAAAUUUCAUUUCGCUCCCGUUAUAAAGCCCCAGAUCAAAUUCGUAUAAAUAUUGAAAAUUCAUUGAUUUGCAAAAAAAUCAUUCAAAGAAUUUUUCUUUCGAAUGAUACAAACAUCAAAAGUUCCCCUUUGGGAAUAAAUCGAUAUACAUUUACAACUAUACUCAGAACUGCCAAAACAGAGAAAAUCCGAUAAUACGAUUUUACAUUUACAAUUUUACAGUACUGUAUAGGAAACACAAUGUGAUAUGCGUGUGUUCACGCAUCAUCACAAUUACAUUUUAAAUUCCCCUUAAGCCAACUGACCAGUGUGAUCGAUACCACGGUUUAAGUCCCGAAUCAUUGUAUGUACAGUAAACGUGCCAUAAGGCGAUUAAUAGGACCUUGUUAAUCGCUGCUAACGUUUCUUCUCUUAUAUUUUAUUCUCUUUCUACUGAACCGCUACCGCUUCCGUCGUAUCGCGUUGAAUACUACUCUACGUGUAUUUUUUAUCAAUUGUACAUAGAGAUAUUUAAAUACACAUGGGGCAUUCCACGCUGACUACUUCGAUUAGACCCUUCAACUCUUCAAUUUUAUAAGCAAGUUUUUGUAGCAUGUGGUACCUUUAAGUAGCACUCAAAAAAUUUUUCAAAAUUUUUUAGAACGAUUUUACUUGAUGAUAUUUUGAAAAAAGAAAUCCAAAUCCCAAUUUAGAAAUCAGAAAAAAAUCACGAAUAUCACAUUUUUUACAUGAAACAUUUUGAGGGUACGGCUAAAGUGGGCACGGGCUGCCUUCUGAGCGAAAAAAUCUGAGAAAAAGUUCCAAAACCGUUUGAAAUUUUCGUCUGUCGCUUUCCUAUUACUGAUGCAUAAUAUCUCAUAUAAUAUUAAUCAGGUUCGUGGCACACGCAGUCGCACACACACGCGCAUGGCUCAUCUGUUAUCGCUCAUAUCUGUAUACUGUUCAAUAUUUCAUUUUUUUUCUUUUCGUUUUCAUUUCUUCUAAGCGUUCAAAGCCAUAUGCGUGCUUGAUAUUAUUUGGGAAAUUCUUUAUUACCAGCGACAAACAACGAUAGAAGAUUCUCACAAUUGUUUAAGAGCUUUCUUCCAUUUUUUUUUAAAUAACACAUUCUUAAGGGUCAAACGCAAGUCGAAUUAGUGUGGAUUGUCCCAUAUGUAUACUUAUACAUACACAUAUUACAUCAUUUUAUGCACGCGUUUUAUAUAAUUCCAGAGAUUUUUUAACGCAUAACUAAAAUCUUCGAUUUUCGCUUCGUUCGUUCGCGAUGUUUAAUCGCAAAAUUCUAAGUGUUCCUCGUACGAUCGCGAAAUAUUUUAGGUUUUUCUUUCCUUCAAUCAUCUCUAAAGUCUCAUCUCACGAUUCAUCGUGUUUUCUUCUUUUGCAUGAGAAAUCUCGUUUAUUUGUAUUCAUCGCAUAUAAAGUAUACUAUCAAAUAAAUGUAUUAUUAUUAUUACAAUUAUUUUAUCGAGUCCUUAACGAAUGAGACAGAACCACUUGUUUUCGUGGUCCAUUUUCGCUCGCAACACUCGGACGUGACCAAGUGCGUAACCGAAAAUUCUAUUAAAUCUCUUGUUAUUACGUAUUCCACGAAUCUCGGUGCUACGCUUUGGUUCAGGGUACGCAAUCGAUUGACUGAAUUGAAUAAACGAUUAAUAGGGAAAAAAAAGAAAUCAACAAAUAAAAACGUAAAUGUAUUUAAGAAUUUGAGAUCAAAUGUGACAGUGGUUGAUCAAAUUUUUACAACUUUUGCUUAAAGUAUAAUUGAUUGGCAUUAAAAAAUCGAAAGUAUAUUACGAGGGUGCAGCAAAACUUUUUAUCUUACGAUUCUCGAAAAACCUCAAAAUUUUUCAAUAAAAUUUAAAAUCCGCAAUAAGUGUAUCAAUUCGUUCAACUACUGUUACGUCACACAUGACGUGAUGAAAUUCGAUCAAAGUAAACGAGAGGGAAAAGAGCAUUUUUUAUCCUAAUGUUUGCCAAUUUUUUUGGCCAUUUGUACUACUACGAGUGUAAUUGAGCAUUCAAAUUCUUGAAGUUCUCAGGAUCACAAGAAUGAUGCGUUACAGUUAGAAUUGAAUGUUUUCUUCAAAUUCAACAAGUUAGGAGACAAGGGAGAGAAAAAACAACCGUUGUAGAAGAAAUUUGUAACGUCGAUAAGUUUUUACAAUUAUACGUCAUUAUAGAAAUUAAAUGAAAUAAAAACAAUUUCCACGUA